AUGUAUUCGCGUUGGAUCUCACAUAACAAACUCUCAAAAGAAAAAGCUUGUGACGAUUGGUCGAAAGAAAUGCCCAAGAAAUACGAACGCGGUGUUCCAAAACAAGUCUGUGACAUCGUAACAACAGACGGAUCAUGGAUCUAUGAGUAUGAAUACGAAAAUAAACAGCAGUCGACUGACACAUUACUGCCACACAGCACAUCACUGCAUCUGCUUAUGCCUGAUAGUUGUUCACAUGCACAUCAAAUCAGUCUGAUGAAGAACAAAGCAGGUGAUGCUUUUGAAUACUUGAAAACUAUGUUUCUCAAUCUGAGUGAUGCCAAAAUAAAAGAAGGCAUAUUUGUAGGUAUAUAUCAGCACUAUGGAGAAGAGAUACAAAGAAAGAUGGGAUGUAGGAAUGAUGGAUAUAUUCAUAGAGCUCCAAAGCUACUGAAGAUUCAGCCAGAAGUGUUUAGUGCAUAUCUUCCAAACUUAAAGAUACUGAGAAUAGUAAACACUGGUUUAGAAGAAAUGCCCAAUUUCAAUGGCUUAAAUACAUCUUCUGUUCUGCACAUGAUAGAUCUGGAGCACAACCGCAUCCAGAGGAUUCACACCCGACAAGUUAGUAAAGUGAAGGCUGAACAGCUGUCACUCAAUUACAACAACUUGCAAGUAGUGGAAGAAGCAGGGUUUGCGGGCUCCGAAAUUGCCAAAUUGACUUUAAAAGGAAAUUUUAAAUUGAACCAUUUACACAAGAAAGCAUUCUACGGACUACAAAGCCUUCGCUAUAUAGACCUGUCAUACACCGCCAUAACGUUUCUGCCUACUGAAGGUCUUCGAGAAAUUGAUAUCCUCAAAGUUCAAAAUACGAAGUCGCUAAAAGUCUUCCCUUCUGUAUUCAAUUUUCAGUUUAUUAAAGAAGCAUGGCUAACCUAUCCUUACCACUGCUGCGCUUUCAAGUUUCCCCGAACGCACAACCCCUGGGAGUACGAGAAGCACACCAGGCUCGUCCACCAACUCCACGAGGCCUGUGCUGCGAAGAAUACCACUGUCAGCUAUGUCUUGCAGGAAAACAAAGAUCCAUCACUGAAAGCUCUGCUCCGUUGGAUGCCCAUGAAUGCCAGUUUAGGCGCUGCAACUCAGAACGACGAGCUGUGGGGAGACGAGAACGAGGUCUUCCAUAACAGCACGAAUGCUUUUCCAGUUACAACGGCACUGUGUGGCGAGAUUUACAGGAAUUACCAUGAGGUAAAAUGUCACCCCGCUCCUGAUGCCUUCAACCCCUGCGAAGACCUAAUGGGCAACUGGGCACUGCGCGUUCCCGUCUGGUUCAUCUCCCUCUCGGCCGUCAUCGGCAACCUGUUUGUGGUCAUCGUUAUCGCCACAUCACAUUUCCGGUUAACAGUGUCCAAAUUCCUCAUGUGCAAUCUGGCCGUCGCCGAUUUGUGCAUCGGCAUUCAUCUAUUGCUGAUUGCCGUCGUGGAUGCCUGCUCCAUAGGGGCCUACUUCAAUUCGGCCAUCGACUGGCAGGAGGGUAACGGCUGCAGCGUGGCGGGAUUCCUCACCAUCUUCGGCAACGUCCUCUCGGUCUACACCCUAGCAGUUAUCACCACCGAGCGUUGGUACACCAUCACGUGGGCCAUCCACCUCAACAAACGUCUCAAGUUGCGCACGGCCGUCCGCGUCAUGAUCGCCGGUUGGAUUUGCGCCCUCUUCAUGGCCGUGCUGCCGCUGAUCGGCGUCAGCAGCUACUCCAAGACGAGCAUCUGUCUGCCUCUGGAGAACAAGGGAAAGGCGGACGCCAUUUAUCUCUCCACUCUGCUGGCGUUCAACGCGUUAGCGUUCGCGCUGAUCUGCGUGUGCUAUGGCAGCAUGUACAGGUCCAUCCGAGAAGGUGGUCGUACAGGGUCAACAACUUCAGUCCGCAGCGACCUGACAGUAGCCAAGAGGAUGGCCCUCCUGGUAUUCACGGACUUCGCCUGCUGGGCGCCCAUAGCCUUCUUCGGCCUCACCGCACUCCUAGGCUACCCCCUCAUCACAGUCACCCAAACCAAGAUUCUCCUGGUGUUCUUCUACCCCUUGAAUUCGUGCGCCAAUCCUUGCUUGUACGCUCUCCUGACCCAACAGUACCGGAGGGACUUUUUCAUCCUCAUGGGACGGUAUGGCCUAUGCAAGGAUAGAGCGGAGCUCCAUAAGGGUGCCAUAGGAGGUAAGCCGUUACCAUACGGAUCGGGACCCCAGUAUAAAAGGACUAGUGGUGAGAGUAACAUGAAAAUUAACAGUGGUAACAACCACAGGGGGUCAGUACUGACCACAGUAGUGUCUGUGGAAAUUCCUAUGAUGAGGACUAGUUCUAGAAAUAGCUCCAGGUAUCGUCCGGACUCGCUUAUGGCUGUGCCGGAAUUUUCUCUCAAAGAUAUGAACCAUUUCCAUGACUGUCAUAAGUUGACUUCGACUGAGAACUUGUAA